AAUAGGAAAUUAUUAGAGUGUAUUUAAGCGAAUGAGCUCUCACAUAUUCUUUAGUUUAUACAUUUACUUGCAAGGAAUGGCUUCUCCUAAAACUGAAAGUGUUCCUUUGAAACAUGCACAUGAUGGCGGUUAUGACAGCGAUAAUAAUACUUUACGCUCCCGAAAUUCGUCAAUUGAUAACAGUUUUACAAAAGUUGAAAUGGAUCCACCCCCUGAAGGCACUGACGAAGUAGAGGGCAGAACUCUCAGUAUCAAUGACUCACCACCAGACGGCGAAGAUGUCGUGGAAGGCAGAAAUACUCUCGGUGAUCCACCCCCUGAAGGCACUGACGAAGUAGAGGGCAGAAGAACUCUCAGUAUCAAUGAUGAUGAAACUGACAGUAGUUCUAAGUCUGGUGCUGUAAACAUAUUCCAAUCUCGAAGUGAAAUUACAAAAGGAUUAUACGAUGUUGCUUUACUGAUGGCAAAUGCAUCUCAAUUGAGAUCAGCCAUAGAUUCUACAGAUAAUAAAUACAAAAUGGUCCUUAUUGGGCUCCUGAUUGCAUCUAUAUCGUUACACAUGAUAAGUGCUGUUUUAUUCUACGUUCUAUUCAUUAAAGAGAAGCAAGCUAAGAACAAACAGCAAGCAAAUGAGAGCAAUUCCAAAUUAGAACCAACCGUGAAGCAACCAUCAUCUAAGGACAGAAAACAAUCUGCAGUAUGUACAAAAUGUUUUGCAGAUAUCACAUGCUGUCAUUGUUGGAGAGUAUAUAAAACUGACAUUGCAGCAACAUUUUGUGUCAUUGCGGUAACAGUUCUCAAUGUUUUUAUUACAGCGUUUGGACACAAUACAAAACCAUAAUUCAAAUGAUCAUAUAUGUUGAAUUGUAAAAGGGACAUCAUCUACGUUUAUGAUAUCUAUUUAUCAAAAUAAUUUUACUGUGUAAAAACUAAGAUUGAAAAAAUUGAACUUCA